AUGUUUGGGAUAUACAAGGUGUGUCUGAAUCCAGCCCGUUGCAUUAAAUUUAUGACAUGGGGAUCAAUUUCAUAUGACAAAGCUUGGAAUGGUAAGCAAAACGCGCUUGCUAAGGAGUUUGGAGAUUGGGAAGAGUCUUACAAUGAACUUCCUAGGUGGUAUCAAGCUGUACAAGAAAGCAAUCCCGGCAUAAUAAUUCAAUGCACUGGACCUUCUGUACAAGUAAGUGCCCAACCUGACUCUUCUUGCUAUAUUAUGGAACGUGUAUUUUGGUCUUUUGGACCAUGCAUCCAAGGGUUUAACUAUUGCAAGCCAGUUGUCCAAGUAGAUGACACAUUUCUGACAGGAAGAUAUCAAGGGACAUUGCUAAUAGCACUAGCUCAAGAUGGGUCACGUAAUAUAUUCCCUUUGGCCUUCACGAUAAUGGAAGGAGAAACAAAUGAGGCCUUAAUAUGGUUUUUUCAACUCUUAAGGGAGCACGUUACACCACAAUCAAACCUCUACUUGAUAACAGACAGGGGGAAAGGCAUAUUGGCAGCCCUACAAUCUGAAGAAGUACAAUGGGAAGCAGAUGGAUUGCAAUCAGUAUACUGCAUACGUCAUAUGGUUUCAAAUUUCAACAAAAAAUUCAAGAAUCACGAAUUGAAAAACCGGUUAAAUAAUAUGGCUUACGAGGUGAAACAACCCAUAUUGGAUGCUAAAUUAGCGGCUUUGAGAUCCCAUUCACCAGAAGUGGCAUCUUGGAUUGACAGGAUACCACUACAAAAAUGGACUCAGGCCUACGAUGGGGGUAGUAGAUUUGGGCACAUGACAACAAACCUGGUAGAAUGUAUGAAUUCUGUUUUAAAAAGAGCUCGUUCAUUACCAAUUUGUGCUCUAAUUAAGGCAACAUUUGAAAGGAUCGCAACAUGGUUUGUUGAGAGAGGGGUUAAGGCAGACUCCAUGUUAUGA